GGUGUGAGACGUUCAUGGACAUUGUGAUCGUUCUGGACGGUUCUAACUCGAUCUACCCGUGGUACGAGGUGCAGGACUUCCUCAUCACCGUCCUGCAGAAGUUCUACAUCGGCCCAGGUCAGACGCAGGUGGGCGUGGUCCAGUACGGUUCCACGGUGGUCCAUGAGUUCGGCCUGGGGGAGUACCAAACGGUGGAGGAGGUGGUGGAGGCCGCCAGGAGUAUCGACCAGCGGGGCGGGGAGGAGACCAGGACGGCGCUGGGCAUCAACGUGGCGCGGUCGGAGGCGUUCAAGCGCGGCGGUCGACCCGGCGCUCAGAAGGUGAUGAUCGUGAUCACGGACGGAGAAUCUCAUGACAGUCCAGAUCUGCUGCAGGCUGUCGCCGACAGCGAGAGAGACAACGUCACCAUGUACGCCAUCGCUGUUCUGGGUUAUUACAACCGUCGAGGAAUCAACCCCGAAGCCUUCCUGAAGGAAAUCAAGUUCAUAGCGAGCGACCCGGAUGAGAAGCACUUCUUCAAUGUGUCGGACGAGUCGGCGCUGAAGGACAUCGUGGACGCGCUGGGAGAGAGGAUUUUCUCUCUGGAAGGGACCAGCAGUCAGGGUCGAGGCUUCGGUCUGCAGAUGGCUCAGGCUGGAUUCUCCUCACAUUUAGUCAGA